AUGUGGAUGCUCCGACGGCUUCGUGAAUCAGGACAACUACUUGGCCUUCACUGGAGGUGUGGCAUCAGCAAACCACUUCACAGCAGAAAACGCAACAAUUCUGCACAAACUUGUGAUGAGAAACCCGAGCGAUCGGCGAAGGCGCAAGCGAAGAAGACGGAUAAGCAGCACAAAGGCGACCAGAAACAGGAUGAACCAGAUAGCCGAAGUCUAUUUGAUACCAAAUAUCUUGCCGAGGUGUACCAAGACUUCUACCGCGAGCUUGCAAACGCCUACGCCGGGUUUAUAAAUGGUUUUAAAAAGGAACCCGACGAUCACGUUCGUAGCGUCUCACGGUUCCGCCCAAUUCGAUUUGAUCCUUCGACGAAUGUCCUAAAGCAAGGACCAGGUAAUGCAUUGGAGCACAGUAUUUGA